UGGACAUAUUACAGUCAAUUUGACAUAACAGUGUGUUCUUCUACCUGUGUGAGAUUAGAGACAAUAAUUACUCAAUUAUGGAUAAGUGCAAUUAUAAAGAGAUUCCAAAUGACAAUGAACGGUUUAAUAAAUUGAAAGGACGCUCGGAUUGGAAACCGUUUCUGAAACAGCUGUUAAUAUGCAGUGGAGUAUGGAUGUCUGUGUUUCUGUAUGGACUGUCCGUGAGUGCACCCACUGUCUUCAUCCCUCAGAUCAGACGAGAGGCCAAUAACACUGAAGUAAUCACUACUAACAUGGCUUCUUGGUUGACUUCUGCGUUUAGCUUUAGCGGGUUUCCUUUUGUCCUGAUUCUCUCGAUACUCACCAAAUUCGUCGGCAGGAAGAUACCCUUCGUCAUCGCAGUCCUGGACUCCCUUGCCGCCUUCAUCGUCCUCUACUGCAGCACCACCGUUACACACAUACUGAUCAGUCAAAUCAUGCAAGGAUUGUUCUGCGCCUCGCAUACCACCAUCACGAUAAUGAUUAUGACUGAAUACAUUUCACCAAAGUACAGAGGAAUAUUUCUCACAGCCAAAACUGCUACGUUCUACUGGGGAGUUUGGGCUUCAAAUACUAUAGGAACAUUUUUCCACUGGAAAAAUAUUCCAUUGUUUGGUAUAGGAUGUUCAAUGUACACUCUUUUAACAUUAAUGAUCUGGCCGGAAUCUCCAUACUGGUUGGCCAGUAGAGGACGGUUCGAAGAAUGUGCCGCCGCACACAGAUCACUAAAAGGUUGUGACGAAGAAUCUGAGAAGGAACUAGAAGUGCUGAUUAAUUCUCAAAGGCAAUAUCUUGCUAGUUCCUUAGCUAAUAAACAGCCAGUAACAAAACACAUCACUGGCUUCUUUAAAAUAAUCACAUCAAAGGGAUUUUGUAAACCUACUGCAUUGUCUAUAUUGACAGGCCUUCUAUCAUUCUGCUCUGGAAAAAUGAUAUUUGCUUUCUAUGCUGUAGAUAUUUUAAAGAAAGUUACAAAUAACGAGUCCACGGCUUAUAUUGCAAUGUUGAUCAUAGAUGGGUUUACUGUAGUCAGCAUGUAUGCAGGGUGUGCUCUAGCAAAAUAUUUGAAGAGACGCACUUUGUUAUUAGGAGCUUCUACUAUAGGGGCUGUGUUUCUAUUUAUUUUGUCUAUUUACUUAUACUGUAUUAAAUUGCAUCUGAUUCCAGAAAACCAGUACCUUACAAUUACAUUAUUCAUUGCUUUCACUAUUGCAGUCAGUUGUGGGCCCUUGUCUGUAUCAAUUUCAGUGUAUGGGGAGUUGAUUCCUAUCAGAUCUAGAAAUUUAUCAGUAUGUAUCAUUGCGCUGUUUGGAAAACUAAUUACUGGAUUGUCGCUAAAAUUGGCUCCAACAAUAUUUAAAAAUUUUGGUGUUCACGGAACAUGUCUUACGUUUGCUAUUUUUUCUGUUAUCACAAUAGUGACUUUGUAUAAGUACUUACCUGAAACUAAGGACAAGACACUACAACAAAUAAAUGACCAAAUAAUGGGAGUGAAAUCAAAUACAGGUCAAACAACAAAAAAAUUAAUAGUUGAGGAUAAAGAUGUAUAAAGUAAUUAUAUUUAUUAAGACGUAUUUAACAUUGUAAAUAAUAAAUAAUUCAUGACGCUUUUCUAAUUUAUAAGAUGAACACAUUCAUAGUUUUGUUACUAAACAGUAUCAGGGACAAUCUGUACCUAUUACCUACAUUAGAAAUUACGUCAUUAGGUAAUUACUGAUUUUCUUAAAAAAAGUAAAACAUUUCACAAAAUUAAGUGAAGCGCGCAAUGAAUUGAAAUGUUCUACGCAUUUAAAAAAUAAGUAAAAAGUAGGUACUCGUAAAAUUUUGGUUUUCUAAUCAACCUGUUUUACUAUUACCUUAUCAUAAAAGCAUUUUAUUAGUCUCAUAAUGUCACUUACAAUACCUGCAUACUUAUCUACUUCAAUAGCAUUGUUAUUAUUAGUGAAUCUUUAAUUUCUUAAUUUUAUG